UACUGUUCCCAAUAUGUUAUGUUGAUCUAACGCAGUGAUAACUUUAGACGGAGUGAGUUGGCUUUUUAAGCAAGCGGCGAUUUAAAUCAUGUGGUUGUGGUAAAUUUGGGAUGACGACGACAUGACACGAAAUGGACUUCACGGAACCGGGCGGCACAAAGGAGAAGGGUCUGGGUCGGUGUGGCCGAGUCUAAACGUGGUCGCCAGAGAGAGAUCAGAUAACCGGAAUCAUAACUCGGCGCCACCGCUGGAUUAGCGCCCUGGGGCAGACCUCGUGUUCGUUCCCCAUUAGCGGGUUCACCGCCGCCACUCGCGGCAGCGGAGACGUUAGUUAGCGCUGGUUGUAUGUGGACCUCGCGCUGUCGCGUCCCGCCGUGUCUUCGACGUCAGCCCUGAGCUCACCAACAGGCCUCUCGUGGCCGGUCAGGCUGCAGCAGGCCGCACCACGUCCAACACGGGCGGAGGAGCGGGAGUGUCUUCACGAAAUAUGUCCCAAACCCGUCCAACCCGCCUGGUUUGUGAACAGUUGAGACGUUUAAAUGAAGUAAAGAUGGACGCUUCGUAGAGCGCCGCAGUACAGACGGCCUCCUCGAGCACGGCUACAGCGUUAGCGUUAGCAUAGCAGCGCCGGUGGAUUAACGGCGCUGUGUGUUGUGUGGCUAAAGCCGAGUCUGGUCGGUCAGCUGGACUGAAGAGACACGAAAAGCUGUCCGGCUGUCAUUUUUAACGUCCACUCUGAAGUCUAGUGGGAGCAGGUCAAAGAUGGCAGAUGCAGAUUUGGACUUCACGACAGGUGAUGCUGGGGCUUCCGCCACCUAUCCCAUGCAAUGCUCUGCCCUGCGCAAGAACGGCUUUGUGGUGCUGAAGGGCCGACCAUGCAAGAUUGUGGAGAUGUCCACUUCCAAAACUGGCAAACACGGGCACGCAAAGGUCCACAUGGUUGGCAUUGACAUCUUCACUGGCAAAAAGUAUGAGGAUAUCUGUCCCUCAACUCACAAUAUGGAUGUUCCUAACAUCAAGAGAAUGGACUAUCAGUUGAUUGGCAUCCAGGAUGGCUACCUGUCUCUGCUUCAGGACAGUGGUGAGGUCAGAGAAGACUUAAAAAUGCCUGAGGGAGACCUGGGAAAAGAGAUUGAGAGCAAGUUUGAUGCUGGAGAGGAGAUCCUGAUCACUGUCCUGUCUGCAAUGAAUGAGGAGUCUGCAGUGGCCAUCAAAGCCAUGGCUAAAUAAAACGCAGCAGGUAUUGGCAAGAUGCACUGGACCUGGAAAGAAGGAGAGAAUUACACCUCAGCAAUGCUAUUCUCCCUCUUUUUUUUUUUCUCUUUUUCAUUCUUUAUCUCUCCCUCUCUUUAUGUACUUUAUAGCCCAUCUUUGGGUUGGAAAACUAGGGAAAAAAAGGAAUAAAUAAUUGGAAAUUGCAAAUGGACAAAAAAUCUGUAAAUAUACUGAAUAUACAUUAGUCAACACUAUUUUGAAUGUAUAUAAUAGAGAAGAAAGAACGACAAAUGUGCUUCGGCUAUCUGUUCAGCCUUGGGCACUUUAAUAGCAGCGGGGUUGUGCCCCUGCUAAGACACCUCAUAUGUAUGAGACGAACAUGAGUGUGUCUUCUCAUUUAGUCUUUUUUUUUUUUUUUUUUUUUUUAAUAUAUAUUUCCAUCUGUCCCAGUUAGCACCCUUUAUGCAUUCUUUGCCACUUUCAAUUGGGAUCUCAAGUACAUAGCUACGGCUGUGUCGAGUGGCUGUUUUUUUUUUUUAAUUUCAGAUUAGAGUAAAAGCCACAUUCUACGGUAAAAGACAGAAACACAGGUCAUGUGUAGUAGGAUGUGGUGUAGUUCCUUCAUUGGAGGACUGUCACCCACUUUUACCUCACAGUAGCCGAAAUACAAAAGAUAUAGAGGGUGCCAUCUUGACAGAUAUAUUUAGUCACCGGUCACAGAUGCUCAUAAAAUAUCCUAUUUACAGUGUAAAGAUACAGUUUUCAUGUAGAAUUAUGGUUUAAGCAGGACUUUAAGAGGGUAAUAUAUGAGGAGAUGGAGUUGGCAAAAAAUAAAUAGGAGUAUAGUAAGCCAUGGUUUGGCCUCUGUAUGUUUCUGAGCUUGUAAUGAUGCCAUGACAUCACAUCACUGUCGUACAUUUACAUCCCACCAGCUAAGUAGACUAUCCUGCAGAUAAGACUGUACUGAUUGACCUUUUUUUUAAUUUGGUGAACUUGUCUGUAUGGUUCAAGGUUUUUUUUUUUCUUUUCAUUUUAUGUAGGCUCACAUUGAGGGUGGUGUCAAAACCAUCUCUUCACUUUCAUAUUACAUGAGCAAAACUUUAAUUUGUUCCUUGACUGUGAUAAACAAUUUAUAUUAAACCAAGAGAAUCUCUCAACCUAAUAUUAAAAAAGGAGCACAUGAACUUUGCCUUUUUUGUUUCAGUGUCUGAAGGGCAUUGCUGCAACACAGCUAAGUACUGUAAUUGUCCAGAAAUAGUGGAACCCUUGAUGAAAACAAGCAAAAAAUUCUGUAUUAAAUUAAACAAAAGAUGUAUUUGAAACUUAA